CAGUAUCUCCCAAAGAGCUUCUCUGUUGACCGAAUCAAAUGGCUCCACUCAAUCUAUGAAGGCCAUAUAUAGAGGACGAUUUCGUUAUCUGGAUUUCUCUGGCAUUUGUCUUGCAUUGCAAAUCAUGUCAACUGUACCUGCUCGGUUGGGUCUAAGGUCACACUGUACCCGGGAGGUUCUGGUCGGCAGUUGGGAUUAGCCGAUCUAAUAAUAUCCUGGCAAGUAUCAGGAAAUCAAAGAUAUUUCUCUGUAGUUUCCACAUUGAGCCUUAUCUCCCUUUUUAAAAAUUGCAAACUAUAGAGUAUGGAGGCAUCUCUAAGUUCGGCAUGGUCUCAAUAAUCCAUAUUUUACUUAUUAGGAUGUGGGUUUGGGCAGUUGGUGCGGCCACCUCGUUUGAAGAAUUCAGCAAGAAUGCCGUCAGUACCAGCAGUUUUUCCAAUCUCCUCUAAUCUGGGAACCUCUCUCAGUUCUUGUUGUAUUUGUUUCUAUUUUGCUCAUGCUGAUAAAACCUACAACCUACUUGUGUAUCGUACGUGCAACUUUGACUUGUAGAGUUAUCUGAAGCUAAGCAAAAAAAAAACGAGAGCAAAACAACAACUCACGUCAAAAUCAAUAUUUAUAUCAACUGACCACAAAUGCAGCUGCAUGAAAAGUCAAUCCAUAACUGCCAUUACUACAAGAUAUUAAUUUUUCUGCAUGUGUUUAAUGUUUCCCAAAUUUCUAGAAAUAAGAAUACGACUACAAGGCCGCGAACAUACCAGUUGGACAAAACAUGAGACUUAUUAUGACAGUUCAGCAAAUGAAAAUAAAUCUAGAACUGCUCGUUACAGUGGAAAUCGCACAUUUCUUAAGCAAGAUGGUAUAGUACGUGACCAAGGUACACUUCCAAGUGGCAAACAUGUAUUCCCAAUAAGUUUCCAAUUACCUAAUGAUAUACCCGGCAGCUUCGAAUGUCAAUAUGGAAACAUUUCCUAUACUAUAAAAUUAACAGUUCAUAAAGCAUUCAAAAUUGAUCUCGAAGACACAAAACAAAUUAAAAUUUCAGCACCUCUAAGGUUAAAAAAUAUUGACUCAGUAAUGCUAAGAGGUUGUGAGUUGGAAGAUGAAAAAACUAUAUGCUGUUGCUGCUGUACAGGCGGUUAUGUGGAAAUGCAAGUUAGUUUGCAUUGCAAAACAUUUGCCUUGGGCUAUCCAGGAUUUGUUAAAGUAUAUAUUUUAAAUAUGUCCAAUGUAAAUGUGGAUGACUUGACUGUAACUAUAGGCCAGACACUCACAUUCAAAACGACGGAUCCAGGUAGCGAUUAUAAGUACGAUGUUGAACAAAUAGCUGUGUGCCAUAAUAGAGGCGUUGAUGCUCAUGCUGAUAAAACCUACAAUCUUUCCAUAGACAUGCCACGUUCUGCAGUAAUUCCAAAUUUCACACGAUGCCAGUUGUUUCGAUGUGAACACGAACUUACAGUUACCGCCGGUCUCUCUGGCUGCCACAAUAAUUUAGAUGUUUCCACAGAUGUAGCCGUUUCUCAUGAGCCAAGUCUCAAUAUGCACCCACCUGGUAACCAUGAAGAACAUGAACCACAAUCAAACGCAAUGCAGAAUAAGAGAAGAUCUUCUUGUGGAACAAUAGGAGGUGGAGAAUAUAAUGGCGAGGCACCUGUCAUAAGUCAACCAAUGCCUAGGAAUAUGCCCAUGCCUAUUCCCAUGCCCAUGUCUAUUCCCAUGCCUAUGCAUAAGCCUAUACCUAUGCCUAUGCCUAUGCCUAUGCCUAUGCCUCCUUACGGUGCUGCGUGUCUAUUUCCGAAGCCUUUGCCCAUGCCGGGUUAUGGUGAACCACCGUAUUCUGGUUCUUCCGAUCCAUCUACAUUUCCAUCAGCUAAUGCUCCUUCUGCUCCUUCAGAAUUAGAUCUAGCAGAUAACUCUGGUAAGGAUCUUUUUAUCCACAAAUCGUAAUAAAAAUCUCUACAUAUUCCGUACCUCACAGUUUGUUGGUCAAAAUUGUUUCUAAAUAUAUUAUGUAGGUACUUACCACAAAUGAGGAGGAGAAUUUCUACGAUAAUUGUCCACAGAGUUGCCAACCUCCAAAAUAGUUUUCUUGUUCCGUGUGCGCUUAUACAUUCUUAUUUAUUCCAAUACCUACCACAUAAUUACAUUUGCAUUGCUUCAUAACCGAUGACUUCUUAUCAGAUUUAAUUAAACCGUUAUAUACCUUGGAUCUUACAAUUUCAAACACUGGACUUGAGUAUUUCCGGAUCGCUGGGGAACUGUUUUCACCACCUAGUACAGGGGAGCAUUUUCUCAAAUACGAUAUACAGGGUGUCCAUUUAAUGCUUUAUAAUAGCAUCUUCGACAAAAUUAUACAGAAACACAUACCUGCGGAACUUAGAGAUGCCUCCAUAGUAACCGUUUUUAAAAAGAGAGACAAGGCUCAAUUUUGAAACUACGUAGGAAAAUCAUUACUUUCUAUUGCGGCAAAGAUACUUGCCAGGAUCUUAUCAAAUCGUCUGAUCCCAACUGCUGAAGAGAGCCCACCAUAGACACAGUGUGGCUUUUGACCCAACCGAGGUACAGCUGACAUGACUUUCAGUGCAAGACAAAUGAAGAGAAAUCCAGGGAACAAAAUCGCCCUCUAAACAUGGCCUUCAUAGCAUAGACUUAGUGAAAGCAGUUGAUUCGGUUAACAUAGAAGCUUUUUGGAAGAUACUUGCUAAGGUUGUGUGGCCGCAAAAGUACAGCCAGAUGGUCCGCCUGCUGCAUAAUCUGAAUUAUAAUAUGAAUGCAACCGUCCUAAGCAACGAUGGACAGGAGAGUCUUUUUUUAUAACUACAGGCGUUGAACAGGGCUACGUUAUUGCACCCACUCUAUUU